UCCUUGUUCCCCUCUUCCUCCCCAGCAUUUCCCCCUUGGUCUCUGGGAAAGCAGCAGUUUAAGGGGGGAAAACAAGUGUGAGGAGCCAAGAAACAAGUCUGACCUCAGUUACUGGAACUAAGCAAGGUGCUGUUUUUAAGAGUCUCUAAAGUGUGGGUAGCCAAGACAACAUGAACACCACUGAACCAGGCUCCAACUUCACCUUUACAUCUAACAUAGAAAACAUCACUCUGUCCAGCCUGACAACCACCACCAUCUCUCCCACCAUCCCACAGACUCCAUCCGAUUCAUCAGACAUCUACCGCCCAGAAUUCACCAUCAUGGUGGUGCUGGGCUUAUCACUGCUGCUGGCAGGGUUAGCAGCCUUCCUGGCAGUGUGCCGGCCCUCGGAACAGGAUGGGGACUCUGAGGCGAGCUGUGGCCCGGGGGAGAGCUUAACCCAUGGAAGAAGCCGGUCCAGUGAGCCCCAGCUCAAGGUGUGGAAGAGGCUGGGCUCAUAUCGCCGUUCAUACAAUCUCUCCUUCCGACGGCCGCCCCAUCGCAGGCCACACGAGCGUGCGAGCACACAUGCAUCCCAGUCUCCAGCCCGACAGACACCACAGCCAGAAGCCAGCAUGGAGCCCCACCUCACUAUGCCUUGUCUAUUUGACUACGUCACUGAAAUCUGACUCGAGGACAGGCUGAGGGCUGACUGACUGCUACCCAAAACAAGUGAUACACUGUAUAUUUUAUGGUUGGCGCUACGAAUAUCACCAAUACCAGGUGUGGGUGAAGACUACCUAAAAAUAAUUGUCAGCAUUUAUUUUAACAUACUUUGAAUGCUAGGUGGAUGAGGUUUGCAACAAAACAAGUGCUUAAAAAUUAGACAAUCAAAAAGCCAUUGUAUUAGGGUUUACACAUUUUUGUGACUGAUCAUUUCACCCUCUAUAGCAAGCAACACUGGGCAUGGAUGUUCUUCUUCAGCACAGCUCUGCACUAUAUUCACUAGAGGUAAAAAUGAUUUAAUCCAACAGUGGCUCAAUUUGAUUACAAUUCUCUCAGUAAGAAUUUGAUGCAUCAUCAAAUCUCACAUUCUGCAAAGGAAUAAAUUCAAUCCAUACAAUCCGUACAUUCAUUUUCCAAGGAGUAUAAAAGCAACUAAACAAAUACAGUGAGCAAUAAUUCAACACACAAAAAAAUCUUACGGGCACUAGUUCAAACAAUGACUUUUAUUUUUAGGGCCCAGCUAAGUAUCAUUCCUCGGCUUCAUAAUGCUAAUUGUUCUGAUGCAGAAAACCCCAGCAAUUCAUGUGCAUUAAGACAAACACUAGGAACUAUUUUAUAGUACAAUUUCAUGCAGGUCUCAAAACACGAUGGGUCACCAAUACUGACAAGACAAAUGCAACCUGAGCCAAACAGAGACCACUCUGUAACUGAUUCUUUGUGUUUUGUGAUUGUUACGUUAAGAAAUAAAGUGACAUUUUAAGUUUGA